AUGGAGUUUGGAGCGACGUACUUCCUCGACACGGCCGAGCAAUUCUAUUCGGAGCUCGAGGAUAUGCUCACCGUGCCCCGCGACACUCACCUGGGCGAGCUAGACUAUGCGCUGCGGCAUUACCUCUCGUUCUGCAGUCAUUACUACCAUGACUAUCUUCAGUCUGACGAGUCCCUCGAGCGGGCUGCAGACGUACUGGCGGAUUCCUCGCUGGUACAGGGUCAUCGAGAUCGUGUGGUAGAUGGUCUCAUCGACUUUGUCAUCAAAACCCGGUCAGCGACGGGGCUACACAUAGCGCUCGUAUCUCUGCAUCUCCUAGCAGCUCAAGCUCCUCACAUCUACCGCAUGGUUCACCAGGCGAGGUAUCCACCCUCGAAUCCCUCGCGCCCAACUCAGCAGAUUGGACCCAACACGCCACUGACCACCAAUCUCUGCGAUAUACUCUUGCGCUACGGACACGCCUACGUCGACGAUGCUUAUCCGGAUGCAAAAGGCGCGACAUCGCCUGACGAACGUGAUCGCUCUGCAAAUGACAAGAUCUGCAUCGAAGCUGCCGGGCUGCUUUACGAGGCCUGUCGCGUCCACAAGCUUUCCAUCAUCGAGCUCGGUAUAUUCGACGAGUCAUUCAUCAAGGGUGUUUUCCAGCUCAUCGAGUCGACACGCAACUACGGCGAAACCCUAAGCUAUACCCUCAUUCGGCUCAUCAUUGCGCUCAAUGAACAAUACAUGGUCGCACUCGCUGCCAGCAAGCCGAACGGCGAUGCCAAGCGCAGCAAGAAGGAGACCAGCCUCGAUGCAGAUGCAAAUCUCGUGCUUCGCAUCAUGCGGCGACAGCUUGGCAGCAGCAAGACUUUUGGAGAAAAUCUCAUUUUCAUUCUGAACAGACUAGACCACUCGAGCGAGAGCUUGUGUGUCGCGCUACUGAUUUUGAAGAUCCUAUACCUUCUGUUCACCACUCGAGGGACACACGACUACUUCUAUACCAACGAUCUCUGCGUCCUCGUCGACGUGUUUAUACGAGAGCUCUACGACCUGCCAGACGAUCAAGAGAGUCUACGACAUACAUAUCUGCGUGUUUUAUACCCUCUCGUGACGAACACGCAACUGCGCAGCUAUCCAUACAAGCGAGCUGAGAUACGAGUGGCUUUGCUCUCUUUGGUCUGCCAUGCAAACAUACGUGACGUCAAUGCAACGACGAAGCGUCUCGUCGACCGCAACCUCAAGGCCGAAUGGUGUCUCGAUCUCGAAGGCAGGACGGUCAACGGGGGCACGAUGAAGCGCGAUUAUCCUGCUGAGUCUGCCCGUGAGAUCGAGGCACAGCCUUACGAUCAGCCUUCGCUCGUCAAUGGACUCCAGUCGCUCGAGCUCAACACGACCAGCUCACGUACGAGCACGACCAGUCUGACAGCGAUCGGCGCGGCGACAAGCGAGUCCAGCAGCGUGAGCGGCUCGCCCUGGCUCAAUUCACCCCAGGAGAUGUCUCCUGAAGCACACUUUCUCAAACCAGUGGGAGCACCUCACCAUCGGCCGGCGAGCUCAUUAGAUCACCAUCGAAAGAUACUCGGUAGCUCGAUAGAGCGCAGUCGUUCUGCGCCCCAUUCGCCUGAUCCGUCCUCGCACAGCUCUGCUGUUAAUACGAAGCCUGUCUUCCACAAGCGUAGACCAGCCCCGCCGGCACCUAAUGUUCGAAAGCAUGCACCGAUACCAUCGGCGAUUGAGCAUGUCACAGCACCCGCGAGACAAGACUCGCUUAAUGUCAACCCAUUCGUCUAG